AUGACGUGGGUGAAAGGAACGUUCUUCAUGGUCCUCGCCAACGUCACGUGGGCCCUCUGGAUCGUCCUGCAGUCCGCAUUGCUGAAAGAGUACCCCAAUAAGAUGCUUGUGACGGUGACACAGUGCGUGUUCAGCACCGUGCAGUCAUUCGUUGUAGCAGUGGUGGCUGAGAGGGACUUCUCCAAGUGGAAGCUCCGAUUUGACAUUAGCUUGCUAGCCAUCAUUUACACGGGGUUUGUGGUAACCGGAGUGUCCUACUAUCUUCAGGCAUGGUGUAUGGAGAUGAAAGGCCCGGUCUUUCUAGCAAUGUCCAACCCGCUCUGCUUCGUCUUCACCAUAUUCUGCUCCUCCUUCUUUCUGGGAGAGAUUGUUCACCUUGGCAGCAUCGUGGGUGGAGCUCUGCUGGUUGCAGGGCUUUACAGUGUGCUGUGGGGUAAAAGCAGGGAAGCCAUGGAGUCUGAGGAGGAGGGAAAGGAAGAGCAGAAGGACGCAGCCAAAGCAUCGUCCGUGGUUGAACAAGCGUGA